AUGGCACCCUAUUUUAGGAUACUACUAGCCACCAGGGCCCGCGGGGCUCUAACCACCAGGGCCCGCGGGGCUCUAACCACCAGGGCCCGCGGGGCUCUAACCACCAGGGCCCGCGGGGCUCUAACCACCAGGGCCCGCGGGGCUCUAACCACCAGGGCCCGCGGGGCUCUAACCACCAUGGCCCGCGGGGCUCUGAUAACUGACCUCUCUCACCUCUCUAGUUAUAACAGUGGGACCUGUGUAGAUGGUGAUAACUGGUAUCGAUGUGAAUGUGCUCCAGGCUUCGCUGGGCCAGACUGCAGGAUCAAUAUCAACGAGUGCCAGUCUUCUCCCUGUAUCUUUGGUUCCAGCUGUAUUGAUGAGAUCAAUGGCUACCGCUGCCUGUGUCCCCAAGACAGAGCUGGACCCCGUUGUCAGGAAGUGACACAGAGGCCGUGCUCGGUGAACGGUCGUCUGACCGCUGAAGGAGCGAAGUGGGAUGAGGACUGCAACACCUGUCAGUGUUUUAAUGGGAAGGUGGUGUGUACCAGGAUGUGGUGUGGUCCUAAGUCGUGCCGGGUCAGCGGUGGGGUCAAAGGUCGAGGCAGCGGAGGAGGCGGGGCCGGGUGUCGGUCUGGUCAGAGCUGUGUACCAAUCAGGGAGGAGCAGUGUUUUGUCCGGCCGUGUCUGAAUCUUGGGGAGUGCCUCCCCUCCUCCCCACCAACCACCAAAUGUCACCCCAGCUCCGGUUACCACGACAACAGCUGCUCCAACAUCACGUUUACGUUCACCAAGGAGACCAUGCCCAGGGGUCUGAGUAUCGAGGCAGUGUGUAAGCAGCUGAGACAACUCUAUGUGCUGAAUAAUGUGUCCUCUGAGUAUUCUGUUUCCAUAACCUGUGACCCUUCAACCUCCGCCAGCAACGAGAUCCAUCUCAGCAUCUACACAGAGGCCCACCCGAUGGACAGAUCCCCUAUAAAGGAGAUAACAGAUAGGCUCGCCGAUCUGGUGUCUAAACACCAUGGCAAUAACAGCAUCAUCACCGCCAUCGCCAAGGUCCGUGUGCAGCGGAGGCCUAGCGCCAGCCAGACGGACUACCUAGUACCCUUGCUGUCCUCUGUCUUCAUUCUCCUCUGCAUCCUGGCGUUGGUCUCAGUCUUCCUCUACUGCGUGCGUCGCCGUCGGAAACAUGGCAGUCACCAUGGCAACGGAGCCUUGUCGUCCGCGGCAACCGACGACAACACAACCAACAAUGUGCGUGAGCAGCUCAACCAGAUCAAGAACCCGAUCAACGAGAAACACGCCGGAGGCGGCGGCCAUCUAACAACAUCGGUGGCCAUCAAGGACUACGAGGAUAAGAACUCGAUCAUCGCCAAGGUACGGACACACCGCCCCCCGGAGGGGGAGGAGGACAACGAUAAAGAGAGACAUAUGGGGAACAAAGGACGCUUUGCGGUUCCAGCCAAACAACCCGCCUACACACUGGUGGAGCGGGAAGACUGGGGCCUCAAUGGAGGCCUGGGGGCCAACGGGCCCAACGAAGGGGACGGCAGGACCCCGGUGCAGCCCAGCUCCAAACACUGGACUAAUAAACAGGACAACAGAGCCCUGGAGACGGCACACAGCAUGAACAGGAUGGACUACAUCGUAUAGCAGGAAGUGACGUUGGAGGCAGGAAAUAAACGCUGUGUAAAGAAUUCUCCUUCCUGGACUUUAUGGUCACCCCGGCAACGUGGUCCUUCUGACACGUUCUGUGGACAGUGUUGCCGUGCAACCAAACCCUUUGAUCAUGCUGAAGAGGACCAGGGGGUGUUCUGGGAUUUGUAGUUUUGUAGUUCCUAAACUGUUACGUCAUUAUUCUGUGACUACAAGGUUGUUUUUUGGGGGGGAUAUAAUGAAUGGUACGUCAGAUGUUGUACCCUGUUCUCUAUUUAGUGCACUGCUUUUGACCAGAGCCCUAUGGGCCAAGUGUACGUUGUAGGGAGUAGGUUGCUGUUUUAGACGUUGUUCCUGAUAAUUUAAUGCUAGCUGGCUACACUGGCAGAGCAGGUUGCUUUGGUUGGCUGGAUAAGAGGGUGUUGUGUUUUCACAUUUCAACACGACACCUAUUCCCUAAAUAACGCACUACUUUUGAGCAGAGCCCUAUGGGCCCUGGUCUAAAGUAGUGCACUAUGUAGGGAUUAGGGGGCCAUUUCAGACACGCAUUGCUUUAAUGUAUUUCUCUCUCUCUCUAGUAGGUAUAAACUAGUUUUGUUUGCCUUUUCAGUUUCAUAGCAAUGUCAUGAAAUUAAACCAAAAAUAAAUCCAACUUUAGAAUGAUUUAUUUGGGCGGGUGGGGUCGAUGUCAGCAGUUGCAAUAUGAAGAAUUUGUGUCUGUUUAGAAUGUGUAGAUAUGUACAUUUCUUCUUUUUUUUUUUUUCAUUAAUCAUUGUGUAUAUUUGAUUUAUUAACUUAAAUAAUUAAUCAAGAGCCUUUCCUUUUUAUUUAUAUGUUCUGUCUCUACAGGCUUAGUUUCUUUUUUUGAUAGUGAACAUGGUUUUCAUUUACAAAAUGCCCCCAAAAAAAAAUGCUUCUUUUUUUUUUUGUUGCCUGAAAUAUUUGUUGUUGUUUUGUUUCUGAUUCUACAGCGUCCAUUUUGUUUAUGAUUCUACAGCGUCCAUUUUGUUUAUGAUUCUACAGCGUCCAUUGUUGCUUAGACUUUGCAGGCUAGAGGGGGAAGAAGAAAUAAAAACAAAAUACAAAAUAAAUGGUUGCUUUUGGGUUGUAAAACGAUUCCGAGAUUGAGUGUAAGUGGCAGACAUUUUCCUUGUGACUACUAAUUUAACAAAAAUCCUUUAGCAGCAUCAUAAGUCACUCAUAAUCACAUACUCAGAAAACAAGUAUAUCUUGUCCCACAUGGCACCCUAUUCCCUAUGGGCCCUGGUCAAAAGUAGUGCACUAUAAAGUGAAUAGGGUGCCAUUUGGGAUGUAACCCAAUCAUACUUGAAUGGUAGAGGGUCAACAGUCCCGGAUCGGUUUGUGCUAUCAAAUCCAUUGCAUGCAUGAUUUGGCAAGAUGGCACAAACCGAACAGGGCCUGUAAAUUCAUACAUUCUUUCAGAAUAAGAGAGCUGAUCUAGGAUCAGGUCCUGCCUGUUCAUAUAAAUUGUAUUCAUUAUCCGAAAAGGCCAAACUGAUCCUUAUACCAGCACUAUGAAUUGUGGGCCCUGGGACUCUUGAGGGGAUAUACUAUGAAGCAGCAUCAAUUCGUUAGCCAGCUAAAUUUAUAAUAAAUAAUGAUGUAACUUUUUAUGGUCCCACAUGGCACCCUAUUCCCUAUGGGCCCUGGUCAAAAGUAGUGCACUAUAAAGUGAAUAGGGUGCCAUUUGGGAGAGAACAAACACCUCAAACGGACCGUUACAUUUAAAAAAAAUUUUAAAGCUUCCUGUUUCCUUAUUGGCUGCAGUCGACUCACAUGAAUAUAUUUUAUGUCCGUUAUGCCCACACCAUUAAAACACGGAAAAGCUGCUUAACAUACUUAAUUAUUUUUUAGGAAGGAAAAAUGUCACUCAUUUGUAAUUAAUUAUACGUGAUAUUUCAUAAAUCUAGAAACGAUGGACAAUGAGGAAAGAUAAAACUUGUGUUUUUGGUUGUGUUGACCCAUUUGGACAAUGUUCAAGUUGAUUUUUCAAGUAAGUUAUUUACAAAUAUUUAGUCAAUUUAGCUCAAGCAUUGACCCUGCUUGGUUGUGUGCUGCCGGAAGACUUCUUUAGUUUCUGUUUCAACUAUAAAGACGGACAUGUUUUCUCUUUCUGAGAUCAUGGCAACAUUCAUUUCCUGUCCUUUUUCCACCUUUUCUGUUAUGAGAAUGUAUUAUGUGUUGAUGUUGCAAUUCUGGCAAUAUUUUUGAAAGUCAAUAUUUAUUAAAUAUUUUUUAUGAAAAGAGAAAUUAAAAACUGUCACCGUUCUGGA